CAUUAAAAAUAAUGAAAAAAUCAACUACUGUAGUCCCCUUUCCCCCACUAUCAAUGUUUUGUCUUGUGUCAUGCACUGAAUUUCGUUGAAACAUUGAUAUAGGGAGCAGGGGGGGCAGUUUCUGCAUAAUGAGCCUGUAUUUUUGUUGUUUGGCCACAUAUUUUAUGUCCCUGAUUGUAGAACACCACCCGUUCUCCCUUGGAAAACCUGGGCCUCUAUCCCGGUAUUAGAGGAGGGUCGUGGUUUUGUUCAAAAUUCGUAAAUAAAGAUGGCACCACAGUACUGAAUCAAAAUGCGUCCAAGUGGAGCUACUGUACUUGAGUUGAGCACAAACAUGAGAUUGCUACCGUUCUUUUCCCCUUACAGUCAGGGAAAUCCUCUUAAUUAAGCUGUAUAGCUUAAUUUGGAGAUCUCCUAAAUAAGCUGUAUCAUACAGCUUAAUUAGGUGACAUACAUCUAAAUUAGGAGGAAGAAAAAGUUUUUCCCCGAUUUCUCGAAAAAUGUAAACUUUAGCAGAAUCACCGCUUGGACUAUAAACAAUGGUUCAUUGUUAGCGAUAGUCUAUUUAAGCUGUCACGUCACGUGAUACAUCCUAAUUAAGCGGAUAUUUUUAAAACUUCAAAUUUAGCGGAUCUCUGCGGUGCUACAAAAAAACUAAUGUAUUGGAGAUGUUUGGUUAAGUAAAGCUAGCCGUACCUAACAGCCGCACCUUAGCCGUACCUUAGCCGUACUUAAGAAAAUUCGUAAUUAGCAGCUCUGUGUAAGACCACUUGCUUCUAAGCUUAAAAUUAGUAGUUAAUGUAUAUCAAAGUUAAAUUGUCUAACUUUUUAUUUCGUCUUUUAGGUGAAUAUCUAUGCCGAUAAAAAUGAUGCAAAAUGGAGCACUCCAUCGUCGAGCCCCAGUAACCCCCAGGGAAUCCUCAAUGAAGAAAUACCGAUAAUAAUAUAUCUUACAUGUAUUAUAAUUUUUAUAAAAUGAUUUUAAUACAAAUACAAAAGAGAUUUUUAAAAUUGAAUGUAUGAAAAACAUUAGUAAAGUAAGAUUGAACAUUAUUACGCUGCGGACAAUAUUAGAGCUAGCGCUAAAAGUGACUACAGCUGGCUAAAUUUAAAUACGGUUGCCAAAAUAAGGUACGGCUAGAUAAUAUUAAGGUACAGCUGGGUCUUAUCAUAUAAGAAACAAUUUCAAAUGCUAAAAACGUUCAAUAAAAACGAAAUUAUGUUAGGUACGGCUAACCAAAAUAAGGUACGGCUGGACAAUAUUAAGGUACGGCUGGGACCUAUCAUAUAAGAAACAACUUCAAAUGCUAAAAACGUUCAAUAAAAACGAAAUUAAGUUAGGUACGGCUAGCUAAAAUAAGGUACGGCUGGACCAUAUUAAGGUAAGGCUGGAUUUUAUUAUAUAAGAAACAACUUCAAAUGCUAAAAAAAAAUUAAUAUAAACGAAAAACAAUAAGUACGUAGAAGAAGUAGAGUUUACUGUAAAGUAAAGUGCGGGCGAGGUUAAGAAAAAAAUUGUAUGCAAUAUGCUCUACUAGGUUGGCUCCACAUUGUUUUCUGCACAGGAAAAUAAAAAAAUGCUACUUUGAAAGUGAUGCGGUAAAGCUUAGAAUCGAUGUUGGCGAAGACAGCAAUAAAAGAUAAGAAAAGCUUAAGGACUGACUUGGUGUUCCUUGUACUUCCAUAUGGUAUUCUUUUAAUUGAUAUCAACGAAGUCAAAAUUUACAAUAUUGGCAAUGAAACGUUUUUGAAUUCAAGUGUGACAUUUGUAAAACUUAUUCAUUUUGCAAAUGUUCUUUAUUUACAAAGGACAGGGAUCUAUCCAAAAGAUACAUUUUCUAUUGUUAAAUUGAAAAAAUCGGGAAAUGAAACAUCUCAAUCUCAUCAAACACAUGCUAUUUGUUGCGAAGUACUAUUCGGUCUUCUGAACAAGAGAAACAUCCUGACUUAUCCAUAUAAGUUUCGGCAAUUGCUUUUGGUAGCUCAAUGUUUGAUUGCAAUCGAUUUGGAGAAUACGGAUGGUUGUUUACGACAGAUUAAAGCCUUUUUAGAGUCCCGUUUCUCAUAUUUAAAGCUGAUCACGCUGGACAGCCAUCCAAGCUCGCAUUUUUCGUGCCUUGUUGCAUCAGACGAAACACUUUUUGUAAAGGAGAUUGCAACAAACAAAGUAGUUAAAGACAUGCAACGUCUUUUUCAAAAUGAUAUUUCAUAUCAACUUUCUGAAAAUAUAUGUAAGCAUGUUUUGAAAUUUAUUUGUUCUGAAGCGUCCUUUAUACGUUCUUACUGUUGUGCAACAGUCAAUGAUGAAACCUUCGAUAAAAGCAUCGCCACUAUCAUUAGAAGUCGACAAUAUCGAAGUAAUAUGGAGAGAAUGUCAUUAGCAGCGUCAAGGAAGGAAGACCUGGCCAAGUUCUUACCCAGUAUUUUUGUGAAUUGUUUGGCAAUUGGGUUAAGAGUCACACUGACUGACUUUAAACAGAACUGGCCUGUAUCUAUCACAGCUACCUCUAAAUCACUCUUUACGACCUUUGAUUUUAUCGACAUCUUUCUUUUACAGUUGUUAGCGUUUCGAUAUAUUGCAUCAAGAUCGGAUAGAUCUGUUACAGAUUUGGUCCUAGAAAUGGAAACGUUAGAGAAUGUAAGCAAUCAAUCUGACACUGAUAUUUAUUAAAAUAUAAUUAUAUGUUAUCGUGUUCGUAUUUGUUAAAACAUUUUGUUUCUUAGGUAAUAUUUUUUAUAUUUUCAGCUAUACAAUUUAUUUUACUUUAAAUAGAUGUGCAGCCGUACUUUAAUUUUGAUCAAUGGUAGCCGUACCUAACCUAAUUUCUUUUUAUGGAACAUUUGUAGCAUUUGAAGAUGUUUCUUAUACGAUAGGACCCAGCCGUACCUUAAUAUGGUCCAGCCGUACCUUAUUUUAGCUAGCCGUACCUAACCUAAUUUCGUUUUUAUGGAACAUUUGUAGCAUUUGAAGAUGUUUCUUAUACGAUAGGACCCAGCCGUACCUUAAUAUUUUCCAGCCGUACCUUAUUUUAGCUAGCCGUACCUAACCUAAUUUCGUUUUUAUGGAACAAUUUUAGCAUUUGAAGAUGUUUCUUAUACGAUAGGACCUAGCCGUACCUUAAUAUGGUCCAGCCGUACCUUAUUUUAGCUAGCCGUACUUAACUUAAUUUCGUUUUUAUUGUACAUAUUUUAGCCUUUAAAGUUGUUUCUUAUAUGAUAGGACCCAACCGUAAAAUAUAUGUUGUCUUAUAA